GUAAUGUGCAUAUGAAUCACGUGCAUUGCUCGCGAUAGGUUUUGAAGAAAAACCCUUACGUAUCUUUGCUCAGUUCGCCGGUCAAGUCCUUUGGGCAAUUCUUACCUAAUCGAACAAACAGAUUUUUUAAACUUAUAUAAUUCUUUUCCCAUGCUUCAGCCAUAGUAAAGUUAGUUCUUUUCAGAAGGCUGCAAAUUGAACAAUAAUUUUUGUUAUUCGUUUUUUAUUGCAAUAAAGUAGUAAAAUAACAAUGUCUCUAUGUAUGCCGCAUCAUGUCUGCAUCAAAUUCUCAGAACUCAAGAAACCGAAGACAUUUGGCUUGUCGGGUAAUUCCCAAAGAGACUUCAGAAUAUAUGCAGCUUCACCAAUUGUUGAGAUGUCCAAUUACGUACCAGCUGCUCCAAUAUUACUGCCUGAAGGGCCUUGGCAGCAGGUCCCUGGAGGAGUUACAGCUGCAAACGGUUUCAAAGCUGCUGGGAUGUAUGGUGGGUUACGUGCAGUUGGAGAAAAGCCUGAUCUCGCUCUGGUAACCUGUGAUGUAGAUGCUAUGUCUGCAGGGGCAUUUACUACAAAUGUGGUUGCAGCUGCACCUGUACUAUACUGUAAAAAAGCAUUAGAUAAUUCAACAACGGCUCGUGCAGUACUAAUAAAUGCUGGUCAAGCAAAUGCAGCAACGGGUGAUGCAGGCUACCAGGAUGUAAUAGAAUGUUCUCAUGCCCUCUCUGAGUUGCUGCAAUUUAAUCCUGAGCAAGUAUUGAUUGAAUCCACUGGUGUGAUAGGUAAAAGAAUAAAGAAGGAGGCUCUUCUCAAGUCACUUCCAAAUUUAGUAAAUCUGCUAUCAUCCACUGUUGAAGGGGCGUACUCUGCUGCUGUAGCAAUAACAACUACUGAUCUUGUAAGCAAGAGUGUUGCAAUUGAGUCUGAGGUUGGAGGAACUCGUAUAAGAAUUGGGGGAAUGGCAAAAGGUUCUGGAAUGAUCCACCCUAACAUGGCAACAAUGCUUGGUGUUAUAACAACAGAUGCUUCGGUCACAAGUGAUGUUUGGCGAAAGAUGGUACAGGUUGCUGUAAAUCGUAGUUUCAACCAAAUCACGGUGGAUGGAGAUACCAGUACAAAUGAUUGUGUCCUUGCAUUGGCUAGCGGUCUUUCAGGAUCAAACAAAAUUUCUUCUUUGAAUAGUUCUGAGGGAGAACAUCUACAAGCGUGUCUUGAUGCUGUAAUGCGAGGUCUAGCAAAAUCAAUAGCUUGGGAUGGCGAAGGGGCAACAUGCUUGAUAGAGGUAAGAGUAACAGGAGCAAGCAGUGAAGCUGAAGCAGCAAAGGUUGCACGAUCAGUGGCAUCUUCUUCAUUGACGAAGGCUGCGGUAUAUGGUAGGGAUCCAAAUUGGGGACGUAUUGCUUGUGCUGCUGGUUAUGCAGGAAUUCCUUUUAAUCCAAACAAACUCAAAAUAUCACUGGGAGAUAUUCUGCUAAUGGAGGGUGGGCAGCCAUUGCCAUUCGAUAGGGCUGCAGCUAGUGAUUAUCUUAAGAAGGCUGGUGAGAUACAUGGAACAGUUGUAAUUCAAAUAUCUAUUGGUGAUGGUCCAGGUAGCGGGCUAGCAUGGGGCUGUGACUUGAGUUAUGAUUAUGUGAAAAUAAAUGCAGAGUACACUACUUAGAAAAUAUCUUUUCCCAUCAGUCAUUGAACCAUCUCAGAUGUUGAGACACGUUUGGCUAGAUCUAUUCUUCGAGCAAAUGCUUUAUUUAGAUGUACUGUUAAUCCUUGCAAGUAAUGGGAACAUGCUUGUAUAGGCAUGUUUAUGUAAUUUUACUUUCGCCCACCAGUCUUUUACCCCUGUUUUUAAGCUAGGACUUGUCACUGUAUCCAAGUUGUAGUCCCAGAGAAUAAUCAACUCUGAACUUUCCUUCGCAAAGGACUGGGAUAUAACCCAUUAGCAAUUCUGAUUCAAGAUCAUUAAGAUU